AUGUCUCUCGAUCCACGCGACGACCGAAGGCGGGGUCGCUCGAAGUCCCCUGGCCGAAGAGACGAGCGCGAGAGAUCCCGCUCCAGAGUCGACGAGUACUCCUCUCGAGUCGAGAGCGUGCGAGCACCUUCACCACCUCGAAGCUAUGAGGAUUCUUCGCGAGGAUAUGAGGAUUCAAGGGCUUACGGAGUGCCCGGCGGCUACGAGGACCGUCCCGCUGUCGUGACGGCCGAACCAAGAGGGGAUCCACGCGACCCGCGGAGUUCGUACGGUUCAUUGUCUCAGUAUCGAGAUCGCGAUUCGUCGCCGCCUGGUGCGGGCGCUGGGAGGGGAUAUGCUAUGCCUGGGGCGUACAAGACGACUGUGGAGGAUGAGAGGCCCACGAAGACCUAUGAGAGUGGGAGGGGAAGGGAGAAGGAUUAUUAUGCCGAUAAGGGGUAUGGUGGAGGCAAAGAAUAUGGAGCUCCUGUUGCGCCGCCGUCGAAGUAUGAGGUAGAUGCCAGGAAGGGUAUCCCAACUGGAGGAGUAUAUGAUCCUAGACGAUACGAGGAGAGGGAUGGUGGAAGGGAGAGAGGGGCGAGUUUCAACGCGCAGAUUGGACACCAUAGUAUUGCUGCUGCGGCAGGCAUUUCUCAUGGUACACCGCAAUAUGUUCAGCCUCCUUCGCCUUCGGGAUACAAACCUCCUCCGGGGGGGCAGUACGCUCGUCCGGCUUCUCCAUCGGGAUAUCAACCGCCUGGAGGAUAUCCGAGUCAGAUGCCGUAUCCUGAGCAACAAGGUCAAUCCAGACAAUACGCUGAGCCCCCUCAAUGGGAAUAUGCGAAACCAGAGGAGACAAUCACGUACUCGAAGAGAACAGAGACCUCGUACAAUCCUGCUGGCGGGUAUGGGCGCCCAGCUAGUCCACCUCGCCAGGAAUAUAGGCAUGGUUCGCACUCCAGCGUUUCUAUUCCCAGUAAUUCGGGAUCUAGACAUGGGAGAGAGCAACAGUACAUCUCAGAUCCCGCUAGGACAUCUCAAAGCAAGAUCGUGACUGUAGAGCCAGGAUCCAGACGACGAGACGCAUCUCCCAACCCGGCAGCUCUGGCACCACGAAUGCACUCCCUCUCAGUCUCAUCAGGCCACCACGGAGGAGCAACAUUGAGUCUCGCAACUGCACCGGGAAGUCCCCUCCUCGAAGCCUACCACGGAACCUACCAAUCCAUCUCACCCAUGCCCUCCCCCCUCAUGAUCGCCUCGCACGCACACUCCGACAUCAACCUAAUCGAGCCCCUCUCCCCGGACUCAUCCGACGACGACCGCCGCACAGGCAAGAAAUCCCGCCGCACAGCACGCUUCCACGACCCGGAAGAAGAAGCCACCAUCCUCGCCAAAGCGCUCAAAGGCGAGAAGCGCGCGCCCGACACGCAACCCCUCAUCGAGAUCCUGCCCGGCCUCACACACGAGCAGAUCCUCGACCUCCGCGUCGAGUACAAGAAGAUCGUCAAGACGGGCUCCGAGAAGAAAGGUGUCAACAUCGCCAAGCAUAUCAAGCUGCGUCUCAAGGAGGAGGAUCCCAGUCUCAUGAAAGCGUGCUAUGCGUGUGCGCUGGGCAAGUGGGAGAGCGAGGCUUAUUGGGCGAAUUUCUGGUAUCAGGGAGAGAAGUCCCGACGGGAGUUGUUGAUUGAGAGUUUGAUGGGGAGGACGAAUCGCGAGAUCAGGGAGAUCAAGGAUGGGUUUAGCGAUAAGAAAUAUUCUGACUCGCUGACUAAAUGCAUGAAGACGGAACUCAAAGAGGAUAAAUUCAAGAAAGCUGUCUUGCUUGUCCUUGAGGAAAGGAAGAUGGAGGAGAGGCCUGGGUAUGGUCUUGAUAGGGGACUGGUUGAGGAUGAUGUGAAGGAUUUGUAUAGGGCUGUGAAGAGCGAGAAGGGUGGGGAGAGCGCGAUGAUUGGGAUUGUGGUUGUGAGGAGUGAUGCGCAUUUGAGGGAGGUGUUGAGGCUGUAUGAGGCGACGUAUAGGGCGAAUUUUGCGAGGGAGAUGUUGAAGAAGAGUGGGAAUCUUGUGGGCGAACUCCUAGCCCACAUCCUCAACGGCGUAAUCAACAAACCCGUCCGCGACGCCCUCCUCGUCCACCACGCGCUCUCGCUCUCCAAAUCCGACAGCAUCCGCACCGAGCUGCUCAUCUCCCGCCUCGUGCGCUACCACUGGGAUAGACCACACAUGGAAGCCGUCAAGAGAGAGUAUCGCAAUAGGUAUGGUGUCGAUAUGCAGACUGCUGUUAGGGAGGGCACGAGGGGUGAGUGGGGCGCCUUCUGUGAGGGGUUGUGUUUGAGGAGGAUGGGGGAUGAGGUUAGGGAGGUGGGGAGGGUGGGGUAUGAGAGGAGGUGA